CCACUAGACCGGGGCAGGAACACCGGGAUGCUUGUUUGGAAAGUUGCCAUCUGCCUGCUGGGCACUGCUACAGGAACUAGGAUCGGGGAGGCUUACGUCUACCCGCGGAUUCUGGAGGAGAGAUCUUCAGAUGGCCUCAAGCUGGUUUCCGUCGACGGGAAGAAGAUUCUCAGGCUGGAGAAGGCAUCCGUGCUGGCCGAGACCCUACUUGUGACGUCAUACGACGAGAACGGGCAAAUGACGCACACACCAAUUCAAGUCGAAGAAAUUGAGAAGCACCACUACCGUGACAGGGACCAAUACGCCUCUUUGAUGGUGCGCGACACAGCAAAUGGCCUCGAAAUGACAGGGAUGGUGGACGCCGUUACUCGGAUUGAGCCUGUGCUCACAGCACCGCGAUCGUUGGACGGAUCCUUGCCCCACAGGUUGCACACCAUGCCAGAGGAAGACUUGGAACGGCUCAAGGAGAUCGCAACUCCAAUGAAAUCUCCGACGGCAUCCCUCCUGACUCCAAGGUCCUUGUGGGUCGAUCGAGGUUGGCGCGAAGCCAAGCAAGAGGUAUCCAUCAUCUCGGAUUCAGAGCACCACAAGGGAAUGACUAGAAGAGAGUUAUGUGCCUACGUAGUCGUUUUCAUGACUGCUGUAAACAUGCGAUUCGAUCAGACGUCGUAUCCAAAGCUCCAGUUUCGGGUGGUUCAGAUAGUGAUGACAACGGAGAAGGAAGAGAGAUCUUUCCUUCAAAUGCAAGGCGAAUACAUAGAAGCAGAACGCACGAUAAAGAACAUGUUUAAUUUCACGAGACAAUACGAACACCACUAUCCCGACCUGUUUGUGGUGCUGACCGGGAGAGAUUUAGUAACCCUGAAAAACGGAUAUCUGUCUAGAGAGAUCGCCGCUGCGGGGGAAAGCGCAACGGCUCCAGAACAAGCGGGAUGUGUUGGGCAAGCAACAACAGAGACGUGGUACGUGGGAAUCUACAUAGUAAUGGAUGCUUCUUUUCUAUCCUGUACACCAUACAAGAGUGAUAUACUCAAGGAAUACUUAGAAGCAUUUGUAGGAGGCGUCAGACUCUAUUUUCAAGGUAUGACAUCUCCCGCAAUAGAAAUUGUUUAUCUUGGAUCACGUAACCUUAACGCAGAUGAAGAAAAAAAUAUAAUUGGAAACUUGGAAACAAAAUCUGAAAUCGUCGUAAAAGGAGGAGAUGCAGUGAAAUAUUUUAUGGAGCUCUCGCUAGAAAUUGAUGAACUACAGAAUAACUCCGGGAACAACCUGGUUCUCGUCCUAACUGGAUUAAACAUCACCGAGGAAGAAACAAAACCUAGCGUGAACGCUGAUAUAUCGAUUCCCGAUAGCAGUGAGAGUCAUGAGGAUUAUGACAACAGCGAUGAAGAUAGUACGCUUCUUGCACGUGCCGCUUCCGAAAAGAAGCUCCCCAAAACCGUUGGUGGGCUGUCACAAUAUGGUUCAAUGUGCUUAAUGGCUGGGGCCAUUGUUCAAGAUAAUGGGAGGAAUUUCAGUGGAGUGCUCGCCGCCGCUGAGCAAGUUGCAAACGUACUUGGACCUAUGUACAACGGAACAAUACCUAAGCGUAACUGCGACGAAGAAGACUUCGCACAGCAAACAUUUCACGGAAAGGAGUGCGGUUCAAGGGUAAGGCUAUCGGAAGAAAAAGAACAGUUCUCCUGCCUCAAUGAGUCCAUUGAUGGUACAAAAAGCCAAAUUAUGACGCCUUCCGAAUUUUAUGAGAAGAAUCCCCUCUGGACUCCAUGCGGAACCUCCUACCCGGGGAGUGAAGAGUGCCAGAACCCAGAGUUGACAGCAUACAAGCAUCAAAAUUGCAGCAUAUCGUGUUGCUUGAAAUCACCUCUUUCAUUCAUUGGUACAACAAAUUACACUAUUCCUGCUCCAGAUGGCGAGAAAUGUAACCCAGAUAAGAUUUGCAUUGGAGGUGCCUGCUUGACGACCAACGCAAUGUUAGAUGAACAUCCUCCUAAACGCUGA